GCUAGAAGGGUGGAAAAUUAAAACCCAAUACAUAAACCACGAAUUGAAUUGAAUCAGAAUGUUACCGGAUAUCGGUCAUUCUUAUGAUGUAAGAAGACAAGCUAUAACUAUCUCCAUAUGUGCCAUCGAUUUCUUAUGAUUUUAAUCCAGUCGAGAACACUACAACUCACAAAUGGCAAUCGAAUUGAUGGGUACUCAUCAAGAAGAGGAAGCCCCACUUGUUGCCGAUGUUUCGGAAAUCGAAACUCCUAAAAACCGAACAAGGGAUGUUCAUAUUUUGAGCUGUGCCUUCUUGUUGGUCUUCCUCGCUUAUGGAGCUGCUCAGAAUUUGCAGACUACAGUUAAUGCUCGAGGGAACUUGGGAACAGUGACGCUUGGGAUACUGUAUGUAUCUUUUGCUGUUUUCUCGUUGUUCGCAUCAUUGGUGGUUCGUGUAAUGGGGUCUAGGAAUUCUCUGGUUCUUGGAACCACUGGUUAUUUGUUGUUCAUAGCUGCAAAUUUGAAGCCUACAUGGUAUACUAUGGUACCGGUUUCCUUGUUCCUCGGUUUUGCAGCUUCGAUAAUAUGGGUUGGGGAGGGGACGUAUCUUACUUCUUUAGCACGCGGUCAUGCUAGAGAUUCCAACUUACAUGAAGGAACCGUGAUCGGUAACUUCAAUGGAGAAUUUUGGGCAAUGUUUGCUCUUCACCAGUUCGUUGGAAAUCUUAUCACGCUUGCGGUUUUGGAAAGUGGAGCGGAUGGAAGUUCCAGCAACAAAUCUUUGCUGUUCAUUGUGUUUCUUUGUAGUAUGACAUUAGGUGCCAUUCUUAUGUGCUUCUUGCGUAAAAUCGAUGACAAAGAAGAGAAGGUAUCAGAGGAUUCUUCUGUCAGUUUCUGUUCUGCUGUGAUAUCCCGAUUGAAGUCGGUUAUCACUCCUUUGCUCGACUUUAAGAUGCUUUUGAUCAUUCCCCUUAUUGCUUAUUCAGGAUUACAGCAAGCUUUUGUAUGGGCUGAGUACACCAAGGAUGUUGUAAACCCAACUCUCGGAGAGGCCGGUGUGGGUGGUGCGAUGGCAGUUUAUGGGGCUUUUGAUGCAAUUAUGCGAUUGGAUGACCAAUUAUCUGGUUUGAACUUGAUGGUAAAACUUCAUAUUCAGUGUUCACUAGUGGCUGGUCGACUGACAUCUGGCCUGAAAUCAAUAACAUUCAUAGUUUGCGCGGGAGCUUUUUUUCAGGCAGUGAUAUUCGUCUGGCUUUCGCUAAAAUACAGUGCGACUGGUGGGGUGCUCGGCAUAGUGUACCCACUUCUCAUGGCAGCUUUACUGGGUAUCGGUGACGGGGUUUUGAAUACGCAGCUCAGUGCUUUGCUCGCUCUACUGUUUAAGCACAACAUGGAAGGAGCAUUUUCACAGCUCAAGGUGUGGCAGAGUUCGGCCAUUGCAUCCGUCUUCUUUUUAAACACAGCCGUUACGUUGCGGACAAUGGCGAUGAUUAUGCUUGCUGCAAUCUUUGUUUCCUUGGCCCCAUUUUUGUACCUCGUUCUAAAGGUGGAGAAGGCAUUCUCUCCGCCCCCAUAAUCAAAGCUUUUUCAAGGUCAGAAAAUUUCAUGUCUUGCGAGUUCGUCGAACCUCUAAUCGAUGUAUCGAUAUCGAUAACACUUAUGUUAUAUAAUUUACGUACUAGAUACGAAUGUGUUCGAUAUACGAA